GAUACACUUUCCACUUUUUAUUUGCAAAUCAUGACAAUUUACCAUCAUCAACAUCAUUUAAUCAAUUACAAUUUACCAUCAAGAAUAAUGAUCUAGUUAUCAAUUAUAUUAUCAUUAUCAAAACUGUUAAAACUUUUCAUUCAUUAUCAAACUAUUAUUUCCCUCCCUCAUGCUUACAUCAUAUUAUUUUCAAUCAAGUUGUCUAUAUUUUUAGAAGUCCAUUGUAACUAUUCAUCAAACAAUCAGUUAAUUGUAUAACCUGAUCAUCUUAGUAUCAAUUGCGAUUAAAUUGUAUCAAAGUGUCGCCAUCUUGAAGAGAUUCUCGUAAACAAUUUGUCUUUAAUCAUCUGUUGAUGAACAUUUGAUUUACUCUGUUGAUCUGUUUUUCCCUUUAAAUUGUUAUAUUUUUUGUAAACUUAUUGUUUUUCCUUAACCUUUACAUCAAUUAUUAUGUAUAAAUGUGGACUAUUUUUGAUACAAUCGCCAUUCACCAAGAUCCCAUCGACAAUUGGUCACUUCUUGAAUGAAGCUAAAUCAUUGGUUUAAGUGCUUUAUGUUAAAAUUGUGAAAACUUUAAAUUGUCAAGAUGGUAAACACUCAGAUGAACAAUCAGAUUACCCUGAUGAUAAUCACUUUUAUUUACCGACCAUUUAUCGAGCUGCAAGUUUGAGAGUCCCCCAUUUGGAUGUAAGAGUGAUAAUUAAAUCAACACUAACUGAUUUCCACAAUCAACCUCGAGUACUUCUUUACAAUGGAUUGGAACAAAUUAAUCCAAAAAAUUUACCAAGUCUUCUCGGGAACAAUAUUGAUCUUGGACAAUUUAAGGAAAUUAAGAUGGUCCCGAAUCCUGAAGUAACACCCGAUUCUCCAUCUCCAAUUGAAAAGAUCACUUUUCAUGAUCAUAUUUGCCUCGGGGGAACAUUUGACCAUCUUCAUAAUGGUCAUAAGGUUUUAUUGAGCGAAGCUUUGAUUAGAACCAGAAAAUCAAUGACAAUUGGAAUAACUAAUGUUAACAUGGUACAGAAAAAAGUUCUAUGGGAAUUGAUUCAACCCUUGGAAAAGCGGAUGGACGAUGUUCGUUCAUUUCUAACUGAUGUUUGCGAUUCCAUUGAGUACAAAACUGUUGGUAUUACUGAUCCCUUUGGACCUGCGAUUGUUGAUCCUGAAUUAAGUUGCAUUGUGGUCAGUCAAGAGACGCUUAAAGGGGGCGAAAAAAUCAACACAAUUAGAAAGGAAAAAAAUAUGAACGAAUUGGAGAUCGUUUGUUUUGAUAUGGUUAAAGAUGAGGCUCAUGAAAGUCAACAUGAAGAAGAUAAAAUUAGUUCAUCAAGUUUACGAAUGCGAAAAUUGGGAACUCUCAUUAGAGAACCGCCAAUUCGCAAUAACCUUCCUCGUCGACCUUAUCGUAUUGGCCUUAUUGGGGGAAUUUGUUCUGGAAAAUCAACAAUCUGUAAACAUCUUUCUGACCUUGAUAUUUUUACAAUCAACGCCGAUGUGUUGGCUCAUCAAACUUAUUCCAAUCCAAAUGCUAUCGCUUAUUCAAAGUUGAUCGAGGCUUUUGGGACUGAGAUAGUGAAUUCUACUGACCAGUCAAUUGAUCGACGAAAAUUGGGUGCAAUCGUUUUCUCUGAUAAAACUAAACUUAACCUGUUAAAUUCAAUCAUUUGGCCUGCAACAAGGGAGUUGAUUGAACAAAGAACCAGUGAAGUCUCUGAACAACAUGAUAUCGUCGUUGUAGAAGCGGCUCUCUUAUUGGAAGCAGGUUGGGAAGAUCAAUUCCACCAAAUUUGGACUUCAAUCAUUCCCGUUGACGAAGCAGUUCGUCGGUUAAAAGUUCGAAAUAAUCUAACGGAAGAGGAAGCUCGUCAAAGAAUUUCCAAUCAAAUGAGUAAUCAAGAAAGAGUUGAACGUGCCAAUGUAGUUUUCUCGUCUCAAUGGGAACGAGAAUUCACCAAUAAACAAGUGGAAAAAGCGGUUGAAAUGCUACGGAAAAAUUAUCUAUGUUAAUAAGAGUAAAAAAAUCUUAAUCAAGUUAUAAAAAUUUCACAUUUACAGUUAAUCUUGAAA